GCUCCUCGUGUCCCUUUUGCGGGGGAAGCGAAAUCAGGCCAUCGAAACAAACCCUAGAUCCACCACGCCGGCUCUAAUAAAGCUGUCGAACCUGAUGGCGCUGCGCUCUCUCCUGAGAAAGAUGCCUGCCCUUGCUCUCAGGUCGCCGCCGAUGGCCCCCCGUAUGGGCACCGUGCGCGCUCUCUCGGCGGCGGCGGGUUCUCGCUUCAUGUCCCGUGGUGCACCGGAGGGGCAGAUGAUUUAUUCUGAAAAGCUGGCCAAACUGCGUGAGGAAACAAAGCGCAACCAGGCACAGGCCAACCAAUACCUGAAGGGUGUACGCAAAAUUUUGGCUAUUUUGGAUGAACUUCAGAGGCCUGGAUGGUGUGAUCCUAAAGUAAAUUUCCAUGAGGAGCUUCGUAAACUUGAGAAGACAUGUGAUAUCGCUCUUUUCAUACUAGUGCCUGCAACUGUUAUGGUUUUUAUGGCUGUAAUAUAAUUUCCCCAAACAUUGUCUAACGAGUA